CCGCCCGCCGCCGUCAUGCUGCCGAGACCCGGCGGCUUCGCGCUGCCGCUGCUCCCGCCGUCGCUGCUGCUGCUCCUGCUGCUGCUGGGCGCGGGCGGCUGCGGCCCCGGGGUGCGCGCCGAGGUGCUGUUCCGCUGCCCGCCCUGCACGCCCGAGCGCCUGGCCGCCUGCGGGCCGCCUCCGGGGGCGCCGUGCGCAGAGCUGGUCCGCGAGCCGGGCUGCGGCUGCUGCUCCGUGUGCGCCCGGCUGGAGGGCGAGGCGUGCGGCGUCUACACCCCGCGCUGCGCGCAGAUGCUGCGCUGCUACCCGAACCCGGGUUCCGAGCUGCCCCUCAAGGCGCUGGUCACCGGCGCGGGGACCUGCGAGAAGCGCCGCGACGCCGGCACCACCCCACAGCAGGUCGCAGACCACGGUGAUGACCACUCUGAGGGAGGCCUGGUGGAGAACCACGUGGACAGCACCAUGAAUGUGUUGGGAGGUGGAGGUGGCGUUGGCCGGAAGCCCCUCAAGUCGGGCAUGAAGGAGCUCGCCGUGUUCCGGGAAAAGGUCACCGAGCAGCACCGGCAGAUGGGCAAAGGUGGCAAACACCACCUGGGCCUGGAGGAACCCAAGAAGCUGCGGCCGCCCCCAGCCAGGACCCCCUGCCAGCAAGAACUGGACCAGGUUCUGGAGAGGAUCUCUACCAUGCGCCUCCCCGACGAUCGGGGUCCUCUGGAGCACCUCUACUCCUUGCACAUUCCCAACUGUGACAAGCAGGGCCUCUACAACCUCAAGCAGUGCAAGAUGUCUCUGAAUGGACAACGUGGGGAGUGCUGGUGUGUGAACCCUAAUACCGGGAAGGUGAUUCAGGGAGCCCCCACCAUCCGAGGGGACCCCGAGUGCCAUCUCUUCUACAAUGAGCAGCAGGAGGCUGGUGGGGUGCUCACCCAGAGGGUGCAGUAAACCCUAGUCAGCCAGUGCCUGGCUCCCCCCACCCCAUACACCUGCAAAAAAAAUGCAAGGUGCUUAGGCGUUGGUGGUGAGGGUCUCCCAGUUUUGACACAUGUAUUUAUAUUUGGAAAGAGACCAGCACCGAGCUCGGCAGUCCUCUGCCCUCCCCCUCCCCAGCUACAGAUGCCCGGAUCUCCUUCUUGCUUCCGCUGGGGAGAAAGAGCGGUGGCAGCGGGGAGCUGCAUAUAGGUUUGGGAGUGGGGAAAGAAAUUUUUAUUUUUGAACCCCUGUGUCUCUUUUGCUUAAGAUUAAAGGAAAGAAAAAUAAA